UCGGGAGUCACGCGCACACGCAUAUUGACUUGUCUACGUGUUUGGCUUAUGGGUUCGCGGUUUUACAAUCUUAGUUUGACUAUCGUGUGACAGAAUAAUGAAUUUAAAAUUGAAUAACGAAGUCCGUGGUUCUAUCAGUCUUUUGCCGGCUCCACCGGUGUCGUCUAUAAAGGAGGAACGACGUCGCACUGGUCGUUACAUAGCCAUCUUAGUCGGUAUAUCGUUGCUGAUACUGGCAAUUUACCAUGCGUGGGUACGUCGUAUUCCCGUCGUGGCCAGUCUCGUCGUGCCCGCCCUCAUAAUGUUUGUCUACGUAGGCUGGGUACUUUAUACUGCCUCGAGGGAUAAACAUAAGUUCUUUCAAUUCCAAGACGCUGAAGCUGCCUUAACAACUGGUAACGAAGUCAAUGACGACGGACGAGUUUCUCAACUAUCAAAUAUUAAUUUAGAAGAAUUGGUGAUAUCCAGUAAGGAAAGUUCUAAAGUAAACUCACCACGAGGUUCGAUACGUAAAGAUUGGUCAAGAACAUCAUCAACACACGUCAAAGAAGAAAGAAAAUCUAAGCCUGUGAAGAGUGUUAACUUUAUAAAACCUAUAAUUCUAGUCAAUGACAAACCACCAGAAGAUCUAGACCAAAAAUGGUCACAAAUAGUACAGAAUAUAACAAAUAACGACAAAUUGAAAGGAUUUUCAACUCGAAGAAGAUAUAAAAGGAAAUUCUGUAGAAGAAGACGGAAUGCAGCAUUUAAAAGAUCUUAUAGCAUCGGUUAAAAUUAUUUUGUGAAAGGAAAAAUUGUUAAAUAUUGUAAAUACAUUUAAAUAAAGACUUAGAAGUCAUAGAGUUACGAAUAGUAAAAAUAGAACCGACAUCUCCCCAUGCCUUUUGAAAUAAUCAAAACAUCCCACAUAUAUAAAGACACAUUAGCAUAGGUAAAUUAAACAGUUUAUAAAAUAGCUAUAUUUUGAAACACAUCUAGAUUUGAACGCAUUACUAACGCCAUCUAUUACUUGGCACUGGACAUUAAAUAUCUAGAAGUAUCCAACAGUAUUGUUAUUAAAUUAAGCUUUCAUUAGAAUUAUAAAGUAAUUAAUAACGGCUGUGCUUACAUAUAAAUAAUAUGGCGCCGAUUAGUUUCAUACUCAUCAAGAGUUGUUCCCAUAACCAAUUUCUAUGAACAAGGACUCCCGUCGUGUUUUAAACUAGACUUUGCUGACAGCUAAUUAAUUACGAAUAUACGUGCGUGUAGCUAUUAUUCAUUAUUUAUCGAAGACAAUGGAGUU